AUCGUAGACCAAAAUCCACUCGCUCAUCCAUCUUCCACUCUCUCUCUCCUCUCUUUCUCUCUCUACACAUCUUCCUUCUGUACCUGUGAAUCGAUGCUUCUUGCACAUCUCUCUCUCUACAAAAGCUCUCUCUCUCUACAACAGCUCAGCUGGAGAGGGGGGGAGAGAGAAUCAGAGUCGGACCCUCCUUCCUUCCUGUCAAAGCCCCCAAAAACCUUCGGUCCCUCGCGUUUCUCGGGGCCAUGUCCGCACGCAAAUCUCUAUCUCUCUCUACCCACCUCCAAAUCACAACUCACGUCCUCCCCCUACCCUCAUUUUUUUUCCUCUCUUUUUUUUUUCUUGUUUUUUUUUGGGCGGGAUUUUCCAUCAAUGUCCUCCUCUCCUCUCUCCCCUCCCUACUUUCUGGUUUCUCAAUCAACACACCAAAAGCAAUUUAAUUAUUAUUAUUAUAGGGAAUUAAUUGAUAAUUGAAAUUCAGAAAAUCUGCCUGCCAGCCAGCCAGAACUCCUCUGCAUUCCACCGGCACUUCAUUUCUUCAUUUUCUGGUGCAGGGAUUUCUGGUCUGGCUUUUUGGGUUUCCCAUUCCUAAAGCUCCAAUCUUUUGUGUACAUUAAUUCAUUCUUCCUCCUCCACAGCAACGUCCAAGUAUUGUUGAUCAAGUUUUGGCAUUUGGGAUUGGAUAAUUUCUCUCACCUUCCAGUUUUCUGCUUCUUUUUUUUUUCUUUUUUUUUUUAUAGAGAAAGAGACAGCUUUCCUUCCCCAUUUCCUGGAUUUUGAGGUUUUGUGGAAUUUGGGUAUCUGGGUAGGGGUCAAAUGCUUACGGAUAUGUGAAUUCAGGUUACUUUUGGCUGGAAAGAGAGAUACCCAGAUUGAGAAUUUAAGGAGAAAUGAUGGAUUGAGGAGGGAAACUCUUGGGUUUCCCAGGAAAUGCAGGUAACCUAUUUGAUAAAAGCUCUCACUCAAAUAAUUUGCGAAAGGGGUGAUUAGUUUGGAAGAAAUAGGAAACAGGGGAUUUAGGAGGUGACAAAAAUAUGGGCUGCCUUUGCUCAAAAGCUACAUCGCAAGAGGAAAUGGCGAAGGAAUCCGAUACAGUAGAACGCCCAUUGAAGGAUUAUUCGGUUCAGUUGAUUGCUCCUACUCCCUCAUUGAGAGAUGACAUUGUAGCAGAAGUAGGUGGUGGCGGUGGUGGGGCCGACGGGUCAGUGCGCAGGUUAUCAAGAACAGCCUCAAAAGCAAAUGUGGGGAACAAUGCUGGUAAAGAUGAUCAUAAUAAAACCAAAGUCAUCUCAAGGCUAGGGAUUUUGAAUCAUCAAAGAGGGGCAACCCUGGAUUUAGGAGCAAGUGAAAGGGAAACUGUGAUGUCUAGGAUAGUAAGCAUGCCACAUGGGGCAAAAGGAGAACAAACUGCUGCUGGAUGGCCGUCGUGGCUAACUUCGGUUGCAGGAGAUGCCAUCAAAGGGUGGGUGCCUCGACGGGCAGACUCCUUUGAAAAGUUAGACAAAAUUGGACAAGGAACUUAUAGCAGUGUAUACAAAGCUCGCGACCUGGAAACUGGUAAAAUCGUUGCAUUGAAGAAAGUACGAUUUGUAAAUAUGGACCCAGAAAGUGUUCGCUUUAUGGCAAGAGAAAUCUUAAUUUUACGCAGACUUAAUCACCCAAAUGUUAUGAAGCUCGAGGGUCUAGUCACUUCAAGAAUGUCAUGCAACUUAUACCUUGUCUUUGAGUAUAUGGAACAUGACCUUGCUGGUCUAGCAGCAACACGUGGCAUCAAGUUUACUGAACCACAGAUAAAAUGUUAUAUGCAACAAUUGCUUCGUGGACUAGAACACUGUCAUAGUCAAGGUGUCCUGCACCGAGAUAUCAAGGGUUCAAAUCUUUUGCUUGACAACAACGGAACUCUCAAGAUAGGCGACUUUGGUCUGGCGACCUUUUAUGAGCCUGAUCAAAAGCAGCCAUUAACAAGUCGUGUUGUGACACUGUGGUAUAGGGCACCUGAACUUUUGCUUGGUUCUACUGAGUAUGGAGUUUCUAUAGAUCUAUGGAGCACUGGCUGUAUCCUAGCGGAAAUGUUUGCUGGAAAGCCUAUCAUGCCUGGCAGAACAGAGGUGGAACAAAUGCAUAAAAUUUUUAAGCUUUGUGGUUCACCAUCCGAGGAAUUCUGGAAGAAAACAAAGUUACCCCUCGCAACUAGUUUCAAACCUCAACAACCUUACAAGCGUCGUAUUGCAGAUACUUUCAAGGACUUCCCUCCUUCAGCUUUGGGGCUUAUUGAAAAACUCCUUGCAAUAGAACCAGAGACUCGGGGAUCGGCUGCUUCAGCGCUUACUAGUGAGUUCUUCAGUACACAUCCUCUACCUUGUGAUCCAGCAGAUCUACCAAAAUAUCCUCCAAGCAAAGAGUUUGAUGCAAAGCUUCGGGAUGAGGAAAAACGGCGAAAAGCCGAUGCGUUUAAAGGGGGUUCAAGAGAUACCAAGGGGCCAUCACCAGAAUUUAAUGUUCAGGGAGAUGUAUCUUUGCAGGGACAGAGAAACCUGAAAACGACAGGUCACAAGUACACGCCCCAGCGAGAUAGUGUCUCUGGCUUUGCAAUGGAACCACCUGGAGGAGCGAGACCAAAUGGGUACUCUCUUUGUAGUUCAAUGGUACACCCUAGUGCAGUUGGAUCAUCAUUGAAUAAGACAGCAGGUUAUACAAGUAGGCCAGAGUUAAAGUCGCAGAGAUCUCACAUGCCUCAAGCUGCAGCAGACUUAUCAAGUUCUUCCAGUAAGAAAGAUGAAACAGUGGCUAGCAAAGAAUCCAGAAGGUGCUAUGUACCUAAGAACAGAAUCCAUUACUCUGGACCAUUGGUGCCUCCGGGGGGAAAUCUUGAGGACAUGCUCAAAGAGCACGAAAGACAAAUCCAGCAUGCUGUACGUAAAGCACGAGCACGUUGACAAAGGCCAGGACCAAUGAAGACCUUUGAUGAUGACCAUAAAAGACAUACCUCGGUGAUCCUGAACGAUUGACAUUCUGCUGCCUCUUCUAUAACCAUGCUGAUCUGCUCAGUGCUCACCAGAAACAGCUGCUUGCACCCGCCAAGUUUGCUAGUUAACUACGAAAACCAAUGAGAAAUGUCAGCAUGGAGGUCUAGCGAAGAUGAAGGUACCGCGCAAAAGAGAACCGAGAAGGAACUUUUGGUUUUUUGUUGGUUCCUGGACAAUUUAUAGGUUUGGAGCUUUCGCCUUGUACAGUACAGAGAAGGAUGUUGUUUAUGUACAUUGUAAGAUAACAAUUUUCUUCUCUUAAUGAUUCAUUUUUCUUGUAAGAUAGGAACACGCUCGAUAUCAUGUUACGUUCAUUAACGUCUUAAUCAAUCUGUGGUUGUCUCGCAA